UUCCGUGACGUGGUUGCACUGACGUAUUUCUGCUGACGUAGGGUUUUCUUCUUCUUCCGGUUCACGCAAACAUGGUGCAACCCAUCCCGCUGUUAGCAGUGCGAGGGUCAGACGGCACCUCUCUGCUGUCCGGACCCACCUGUGAGCCGCUGGCCAACUUCAACAGGGAUGCGCGGCCCUCCAGGUAUGUGACCUUCAGCCGAGAUGGGUCUCUGUUCGGCUGGUGCAACGGACACAGUGUGUCUGUGGUGCGGUGUGCAGACGGCUCCCUGCUCUCGACCUUUGACCUCCCCAAGACCUCCGUACUGAAGAUCUCUCCUCAGAACACCGUGCUGGCUACCUGGCAGCCCUACAGCAGUGUGUAA